AUGCCGAGGUUCAUUGAAAGUCGAACUUUUCAACUGCUUUGUAAUGUGCCAGCUGAAUAUUAUCGACUUGUGAAGGAAGCACUGUCGCUGAGACAGAAGAUCGUAGCAGCUAGACAGUCAAUCCACUUUCUCAACCGCUGCCUGCAUCAUAGUGUUACUCCCAACUUUAUUGGGCAGAAACGACUACACAAUCUGUGCGGGCUACCAGAGAACAGCCACCAAGUACGAGCAAUUCAACAACAACUCCUACGCAUUGUACUGAAGAAGAAGCGAGACGAAAUGUACGCAAUGAUAAAGAAGUGUACGUCGAAGGAGCAGUAUUGCGGUCAAUACUUGGAAGAUCGUCUCUGGAAGAGAAUAGUGGAUGGGUCGAUUUCGAUUUGCAAUUCUAUUCGAUCUAACCUCAAGAUAACUCUACAGAGAAAAUUCGAUUGCCUUUUGAGUAAAUCACGAAGCGACAAUGCACAACCACCAAAUGCUAUGACCCUUCCUGGCAGGAGUGAACGCGACACUAUUUGUAACGAGGGUGUCCUAUCAAAUGUUUCUCGAGUGACCGUGUUAGGAGGAUUCACACUCUCUGAGAAUGCGCGCAACAGGGAAAGAGACCAAAGAUCACUCAGAGAAAGUCUCGCGAUACCUUUCCCGUGUGUGUUCUUUAAACAACAAAUCGCUAACCCAGCUGUAGAUGCGAAAUUCCGGCUCUUUGCAAACGAUGUAUAUAAAACGGUAGCUCGAUUUCGUGAGAACAGAACUAAGUCUAACAUUUCUCUUGCACAAAAGCAAGGUAUUAAGGAAGUUCGAGAGUUGAUUAGUUCUAAACAAAUAAGGUUAUCCACAAGUGAUAAAGGUGGGGAGUUUGUGGUCAUUCCACACCAGCUGGAUAUUGCAAUAACAGAAAGACAUUUGCAAGAUAUCUCACUAUAUCGUUUAUCCUCCGUUAGUGAGUUCAUGAAGAAAUCUCGUUUUUUAAACGAGCAAUGGGUUAAGGUAGCAAAAUCCGCCGAGUUUCCUCCUUCUUUAAUUGCUCGCCUUAAGAUUGACCUGCCGACCUGUCCAGUGCUCUAUCUCCUUAUCAAGACGCACAAACUCCAGUCCAGCAGCGAUCUGGCUUCCACUGACCCUGCUACAUUCAAAGUAAGACCUAUAAUUAGUAGUGUAGGGGGUCCUACGGAUAGGAUAGGGUGGUUCUUAAACACAAUAUUUGCACAAGUAUUGAGCCAUAUACCUGCCCAUUUGACAAAUACCCGUAUGUUCCUAGACCACCUACGCACAGCACAACUGACAAGAGACUGUGUCAUGGAGUCUUUUGACGUCGAAGCCCUGUAUACGAAUGUAUCUAAUGACUCUGCGAUACAGGCUAUGUUCGAACUGCUGAAAGAAAACAUAAGAACCAUCAAUUUACACGGAUUGUCAAUCUCCCAAUUGAUGGUUCUUCUCAAGGCGUGCCUCGAUUGCAAUAUCUUUAGAUGGUCCGGGAAUUACUUUGCACAGCUUAGAGGUUUAGCUAUGGGGCAGAGAUUGGCUCCCACCUUAGCUAUUUCAUUUAUGGCCAAAAUUGAAGCACCUGUUCUGGAACUACGUCCAUUGUUCUACUCUCGGUACAUUGACGAUUGUUUUGUCAUUUGCGCCACCCAAGCGGAGAUGGACGAAUAUUUUGGCUUGUUGAACCGACAGUCCGAACACAUAAAACUUGCUAGGGAGAAACCACAGGAUAACUGGCUUCCUUUUCUGAACAUCCAGGUUUGCAUCUCAAACGGUACGUACCAAACGAAAUGGUAUCGUAAGCCGAGUAACAAAAACAUCUUGGUUCAUUUUCUUUCUGCUCAUCCAUUUCACAUGAAGAAAGCUGUGCUUAACAACAUGUUCCGCACGGCAAGAACUGUUUGUAGUGGACCUGAGGAGAGAAAGGAAUCAUUAACUUUGGCUCACGAAAUUGCUGUUUCGAAUGGUUAUGAAGUCCGAACGUCUGAAACGAGACGAUACCGAAGUGAACGAGCACGGCAAGUGGAAAACCCCACCACAGAUAAGAUACCUCUUUGCUUUCCUUACAUCUCCGAUGAAGUGAGCGCUGCCAUUAGGCGGUGUCUGAGGAGAGCAGACUUGGAUAGCUCCGUUUCGGUCGUUGAAAUACCACCGAACAAUUUGAAACAUCAAUUAGUUCGGAAUCGUUUAUACGAUACCAUCUGUACAACACCGAACUGUAUUAUUUGUCCCACAGGUAGAUCAGGAGACUGCUUGAGAUCCGGGGUAAUCUACCUGAUUUCUUGCACGAACUGUGGCGACGAGUAUAUCGGUGAAACGGCACGACCGCUGUAUGUCCGCAUCAAAGAGCACUUGAGCGGCAAGAAUAGGUUACGAGGAUGGACACCUUUAGGUGCCCAUAGAACACAAAAACACGACGGAGCCGAUUUUGAAAUUAGGGUCCAAAUCUUAGCGCACGAAACUAAAACGUUGGCUCGAAAAUCGCUGGAGGCAUUUUGGAUCCAAGCCAAAAAUCCUAAAAUGAACCGCAAGGGUGAAUGUCUGUCGAUAACGCGGGAACUCGCGCCAUAUCUCGAAUGUCAGCGGUCCAUGCUAGGCGUCUCCGAUAUAAGAGAAGCAGAACUGAAAAAGGCGACAUCGUGUUGGGUACUGAGAGACCGUAGAAAACUUCAUCUGUUAGAUAGCUACACAUUGCUUCGGCGCUCCUCCAACGAGGUCUUUUUGGGACCAAGUUGUAAAUAUUCGGGAAGAUUGUACCCCGACUACACGCCAGCUCCUGCCCCUGAGUGCGAGUCCGUUUUGACGCGUAAGGAGAGGAGUGCUCGAAUUGUAGCAGCAGAGCUGCCAUGGGGUGUCCCCAAGGUUGUUCCAGUGGUAGCCCUCGACUACGGCCUUCCGACUGGCUCGUUUGCUGGACAAUCCGUUCUCAUGGAUUUGUUCAGUCUUUUUGAAAGAAAAAUACAGACCGUUGUUGAAGAAGAACCCGUUGAAAAACUACUUAACAAGUCCCUACAACGUGGUGGUGAUCCUUACUUCGAUAAUCUAUGCCGUACUCUACAUGGGAUAAGUGAACUCUGUUUACCCUCUGUCGUUAAUGCGCUGAUUGGAUGGCAUCAACGCUCGGAGUUGAAAAUCAACGAGAGUAUGAACUCAGCUACUGAUAAUCGUAUUCUUAUGAAGAAACUACUGGCUGUUAAUUAUUUGUUUUGUAUAGUGCUUAUCGAAGUUCUUCCACAGGUUGAGUUUCAUCUUUGCGCAUGUGAACAACAAGUGAAAUAUCUGCUUGACAGUUCAUUCCAUCAAGUUCAGUACAAAGAUCCGGCCACGUUGGGCGUCAAUAACACAAACAGUCUUGUAGUAGCAGAAACCUAUGCUGAGGUCAUUGGAGUUUUGUCAGAAACCCAUUUUACACAUAUUCAUAGGCAGUUCAUUUCUAUCUUAACCGAUUUGAAGAAAGACAGUUCAGCAAUGGUUAGCCACAACAUGAUCUCACUCCUAAUGGCGAUGAAAUUCGUAAAAAUAAAGAAUUCAAUUCUGAAAAUGCUGCCUUCAACUUUACACUCGCAGAUCUUUUUAAAGACUAAUCAAGUGGACGAUUUCGAACUGGGGAUAAAGUUUCUAGAUGACCUGGGUUCGUUUCUGCUUGAAGUGAAAGAUAAGGAUGUGAAGCACGCUGUGGCUGGUCUGCUCGUUGAAAUUCUUCUUCCCGUUGCAGCGCAAAUAAAGCGUGAGGCUAAUAUUCCUGCACUCAUCACUUUUGUUAGCAAGUUAUAUGGGCCCACAAAUGAAUUAGCCUCGAAGAAGCAGCAUAAGCUGGCUGCAUAUCCUCUUCUUACGUGUCUCCUCUGCGUGAGUCAACGUCAGUUCUUCCUAUCUAAUUGGGUGCCAUUCCUUAACAAUGCUCUUGCGAAUUUAAAAAACAGGGACUCUAGAAUUUCCCGUGUAGCUCUGGAGUCUUUGUACAGAUUAUUAUGGGUGUACAUGAUACGAAACAAUUGUGAUGGGAACUCGGCAACUCGUACAAGGCUAGAGUCAAUUUGUGGGAGUUUGUUUCCGAAGGGAAAUCGUGGUAUUGUUCCACGAGAUGCACCGCUAAAUAUUUUUGUUAAAAUCAUCCACUUCAUUGCUCAGCAAAAACUGGAUUUCGCUUUUAAGGAAGUGAUUUUUGAUCUCCUUGCCUGCAAUCGUUCGCAAAGGUCUCUUUACCCAGAACGAAUGAAUAUCGGAAUCAGAGCUUUAAUGGUAAUUGCUGACGGACUUCAGCAAAAGGACGAACCGCCUGCUAUGCCAAAAUCUAUGGGCCCGUCUGCUAGUGGAACAAUACAACGUUUGAAAAAGAAAACCUAUAUCACUCGUCCAUUGACCGUUGAUAUUGCUAGAGCCAUAGGACUCGAUCAGUAUUACAUUCCUUGUCGGAAAGCUUUUGACACGAUACUGCGUAUCCUGGAUACUCAGGUUGGUCGCCCAUUAAUGAUGACGGCAAUACAGAGGGGUAAAGAACCAGAUGAACUCUUAGGAGGAGAAGUGAAGCCGAAGUUAGAUCUGUUCCGAACAUGUGUGGCUGCAAUACCACGGCUGCUUCCGGAGCCUAUGACUUACACGGACUUGAUAGACAUAUUAACCAGAACAACAGUUCAUGUUGACGAAGAACUUCGCACCAUGGCUGGGAACACUCUUCAGAAUAUGCUAGGGGAAUUUCCAGAGUGGAGAGAGCAUAUAAUUAUAGCGGAAAUUACUCUCCUUCACAAUCAGCUAACGGACUUCUACCCAGCUGUUCUUGACGAAGCUCUUCGGCUUUUACAUCAAAUGAUAGUCACUUGGAAAUCGGCUGCGUUGCAGGAGAAAAAGAAAGAACAAGAAAAGGAUGUUAGCUGUGAGAACAACGUGCAUUCUGCUCCUCCACUUUAUGUGCUAAAUUAUGCUUCUGUUCUACAUGCUGUGGAGGGUUUCGCUCUAGUUAUGUUGUGUCAAAUUAGACCGCAACCGAGGAAGAUAGCCAUAUCGUUGCUGAAGGAGGUGAAACAAAUCAUAUCAAUCUUGUCACUCGAUAACGUCGAUGUGCCAGUCAUCACUGUGCUUGAUGAGGCUACUCCGUAUGUUGUUCGUAAAUACAUCGAGCACGUGCCUAUGUAUGAAAGAAUCAGUUGGAAUAUGGAUUUCACGUCAGUCUGUGAAAAAAUUGCUGCAGUUGACACUGACAUUUGCCUCGUAAAUAGUGACAAGGGAAACGAGUAUUUCCAAUGGGAUCCUUGGGCGUGUGCUCUGAGUGGAUAUGCAGAGAGAAAGCAUUUGCUUAUGCGGUGCCCCUCAGCUAUCGCUAGUGCUUGGCCGGCACUAUUCAGCCGUUUGCUUGCUGUCAAUGCGUACGUAGAUCCGAGUAAUCCACAAAACGAAAACCGAGCUUCUCUGCUUCGUGGUAGCAAGAGCAAAGGAUCAUCUGUGUGUGGUGAAGCCCUUAGUCAAGAGGGUUGUCUCUCCUUGUGGCAGAAGUAUCUUGUUCUAUGCUGUGCAUUCGCUCCAUCGCCGAACAAUGUCAACAGUUUGAUAUCUAGAAGUUUCAGCCCUACCUCAUCAAUGGAGACAGAUGUGCUAAGAAGUGUGUCCUCGUCUCUACGGGCAUCUUCACGUAUUCCCUCCAAUGCCUCACUGUCGCAGUUGUUCACAAAAAUCGCUGCAAUGCUACGCUGGGAAAAUAUGAUUGAUAUUCGCGAUAGUGUUGUUCUCGGAGUAGGAUCAAUGAGUGCUGCAGCAUUUGAGACAUUUUUCGAAGAUCUGAAUCAACGUGGUAUUUUGCGAGAUGCAAUGGAGAAAAAGGUAGAGACAAAUCUCAGACGUCGUAAGCGUAAAGAUCUUUUGCGACUGCAAAUCAUCCGCAUAAUUGAGGUGGCCGUAUUUCGUGGUUUACUGGAAUCCACAAUGAUUGAUUGUCUUGGCAGUCUGAGUCCACUGAUUCUAGAUUUCGUUGAUACAAUGAGGGCAAAUCUUGAAAGUGACCUGGACCGAGAUAUAGCGGUGGUUACUAUGAUGCGUCUCCAUUUUUCCAAACUUGUCGCUGUUAUUAUUGAUAGCGUGAAUCCUGAAAAUCGUGCAAACCUCAUUCCGGACGAGAAGAAGCAGAGCCUUUUCUACCUGUUUAUUGGAUGGUGCAGUCGAACAAUAGCAGCCGACAAGAAAAACCGUGAAAACGAUGUAGGAUCAUACGUAGAACAGAAGGCAGCUUUGGCAAUGACUCGUCUUCUCAGUUGUGGGAGAAUAUUUGAAGCGCAAAAAUCUAUAGGUGAAGACGGCUAUUUAUACGGCUGGUUGGAGAGGCUCGUGUCAAGUGCUAACGCUACGAUGCAGAGCGAAGUUGAAGAAAUGUUGGCAUGGAUGUUGGAGCUGAACGAAUCCAGUCAUCUACUAGAUUGGCUUAUGGCGCAAUGUUACUGUCAACCUAGCCAAGUAGCUGCAAAAUGUUUCCGAGCUCUUGUUCGCGUAUUCUCUCGGCGAGACUUCCCGUGCGAAUUCAUAUCCCUGUUCGUACUUUGCCAAGCAAUGCUAGGCGAUGCUAGCGUCGCAGAUGCUGCUGUUCACAUGAUCGAGAUCCUGAAGAGGCAGUUCCUAGACAGCACCAUGCUUGUAUCACCGCAAUUGGCACCAACUGUUGGAAAUAUCUCUUCUCCUCCUGUUCAUCUGAGAUCUCCCGUUGUUACAAGUUCGCACAGUCACUGUUUUCCUAUGGAUCAACAAGCUGUCUGUCGAAACCUGGCAAACUCGUAUCCACAUCUCACCAUCACGAUAUUCAGCGAGGUGUCGUCUCGCCUCGAGGGUGCACGUAAUCAAAAUCAAACUCAUUUGAUUGCGCUGUUGUUGCCAUGGGUUGAAAAUAUCGAGUUGGUUGAUGCAGUAGCAGGAGAAGAUGCUUGUGAAGGACCUCGAGGAUGGGGAUCCGAAGAAGCAACACAACUCCUUUUGAACAAUCUCAUGUACUUGACGGUGUGCCUGGCAGCUGAUCACGAACGUGAGCUAGCAGAACUAUGGCGUGCGCUUGCUUUAUCGUUCCCGGCGAAUUUGCCAGUUAUUCUUAACUACAUUUAUGUUGUCACUGUUCUAUCACAUGAGGCCCUCUUACCAUACGCGAAACGUGUUUGUAUAAUGCUGGCCGGUGUUGUGGGUAAUCGUAUUUCUGCACUUCUUUUGGAACAGUUGUCUACGUCAUCUGACAGCUCCCGUCUCACUCUCGAAAGAUCUGAUAUUCCUCCUUAUUAUAAAUGGAGGGAUGAAACAGCUGACUUUAAAAAAGACUCCGUUGUGGAAAUAAAGUCCCCAGUGCGAGAGUCACCGAUUGGUGAUCGUUUCUUAGGUGCCUCUGAUGAUGCUGUUAAAGAGGGCGUUCGUCUCCUUCCUAUGCCUGCAUACGGAGGGUAUUAUUCGAGGCUUUGUGCAUAUUUACCACCAACCACGCAACCAGUACAAUUUUUCACAAGAACUUCCGUUUUCGGCCAGGUGGCUUCUUCCAGCUCGAACCCGACGAACUCUUCAGAACUCAUUGGACAAGGCGAUCUGCCGGUCUCCUUAAUAUAUGACCAAAGAAGCGAAGACGAUUUACUUUAG